AUGGAGGUGGAGGAGCCGCUCCUAACGUCCAAGAACCCCCGCCGUGCAAGGCGCCGGGACCUCAACGCACUGGAUCCCAGCAUCGAGGAGUCCGAUGGGGAGGAUAUUGGUGUUCCAGAAGUUGGCAUGGUGUUCAAUAAUCACACAGAAGUCAACCGAUUCUACCGCAAGUAUGCCCGCCGUGUUGGCUUUGGUGUCUCAGUAAGGAGGUCCUCUUUCUCACAAGAAGGGACCUGCUUAUAUCUCGAGCUUAUGUGCUGCAAAGGAGGGCGGCCACGUUAUGAGCCAAAGUUUCGGAAACGGGCUUCAUCGACCACUAACUGCCCAGCCAAGAUCCGAGUGAAGUUGUGGGGAGAUAAAUUGUUGCAUGUAGAGUUGGCGAUCCUCGAUCAUAAUCAUCCAGUGAGCCCAGCAAUGGCAAGGUUUUUGAACUCUUAUAAGCAGCUCUCUGGCCCUGCGAAGAAGCAGUUGCGUAUGGGUGGCCCUGGGGCUAUGCCUGUUGAAGAGUCAAGCGAGAUGCCCAUGGAUAAGCUGGGGGAGCUUGAGCAGCUUCUUUUUGGCGAGAGCAAGCACCACAGCUUUGUGGAGAGGGGUCGUUUGAAGCUCCAACCUGGAGAUUCGGAGGCCCUUCGGCUUUUCUUCACUCGGAUGCAGGCCAAAAAUGCCAACUUUUUCAAUGUCAUUGACCUGGACGAUGAAGGCUGUACCAGGAAUGUUUUCUGGGCAGAUGCACGGUCAAGAGCCAUGUGUGAGUACUAUAGUGAUGUCAUCACACUUGAUACGUCAUAUGUGGCUAGUAAAUAUGAUAUGCCUCUUGCAACAUUUAUUGGGGUGAAUCAUCAUGGACAAUCUGUCUUGAUGGGGUGUGCCCUGCUUUCUGAUGAAACAGCAGAAACCUAUUCAUGGCUACUUAAGGCUUGGAUAGCAUGUAUGUAUGGCAAUCUUCCGAAGGCUAUUGUCACUGACUAUUGUAGGGGCAUCCAAAGUGCUGUAGCUGAGGUUAUUCCAGGAGUCCGUCAUAGAAUGUGCUUGUUUCAGAUAAUGAGGAAGGCCGCAGAACGUUUAGGUGGGCUGUCAGAGUACAGAGCUAUCAACAAGGCGAUGCAUAAGGCUGUGUAUGAUUCUUUAACCAUCGAUGAGUUUGAAGGGGAAUGGAAUACUUUAAUUACAUAUAGUGGGCUUCAGGGCAAUGACUGGCUAAGAUCACUUUAUGAAUGCCGAUCUUCAUGGGUUCCUGUUUUCAUUAAAGAUACAUUUUGGGCAGGAAUGUCUGCUACACAAAGAAAUGAAACAACCACUCCUUUUUUUUAUGGAUAUGUUGAUUUAAAAACCACCUUGAAGCAUUUUCUUGGCAAGUAUGAGAUGGCUUUGCAGAGUAAAUAUGAGAAGGAGGCCCAAGCAGAUUUUGAGACAUUUCAUAAGCAACGUCCACCGGUAUCAAAAUUCUAUAUGGAAGAGCAGCUCUCAAAGGUAUACACGCAUAAUAUGUUCAAGAAGUUCCAAGAUGAGAUUGAAGCCAUAAUGUACUGCCACGUAUCUUUAAUUGGUGUUGACGGGCCUGUCUCCACAUUCAAUGUCAAGGAGUGCAUUUUCCUUGAAGAUGGUAAAAGGACCAUGAGUAAAAUUUUUGCAGUGACAUACAAAGCGGACGAAAAGAGUAUUAGUUGUAUAUGUGGAGGUUUCCAAUUCAGUGGCAUACUAUGUAGGCAUAGUCUCUCAAUGCUCAAGUUUCAACUGGUUCGUGAAAUUCCACAACAUUAUAUUCUUGAUAGGUGGAAAAAGGAUUUUAGACAGUUGCAUGUGAAGAGACGCCCUCCAAGCGAUCUUGUCCCCAACAAUCGCAUGGAUCGAUAUGACUAUAUAUCAAUGAGAUGUUUGCAACUUGUUGACUCCGCAGUCCUAUCAGAUAAGUAUCGCCUUGCUUUGAGGUUGGUAAGGGAGACAGAAAAUUUUCUGCUAAAUAGCAACACACAUGAUGAUACACAACCAAGGAUCAAGUCUCGUGUUCCUAAAGUAAAUAAACCAAAUACAGUGACUGGUCAAACCGUGGUGGGUGCAGCUACUGGAAACAGAAAUGAUGGUCUCAAAGGACCAGAGGCUCCAGCAGUCAUGCAAGUACCGCAAAUCCAAAAGGGAGGGACAGAAAAAGGAAUAGUUCCUACUGGCUACAUUGGAGUACCAGCUAAUAUCCAGCAAUUUGUAGGCAGUCAAGCAGCAUUUCAGCCAAGCAUUGUGUACAUGGUACCGAGUGGUGUUGACCCACAUGCUGUUGGAAAUGUUCUGAUGCCGGUGAUGUACCAGCAGAUGUUCCAGGUGCCUCCGAAGCCAAAUGAGACCGUGCAAGAUACUUCAGCCAACGGAAAAAGGAAGCGACCUCGUGGUCAGAAGCUUACAGAGACGUCUCAACAGGCAAAUGGAACCCCAGCAUCUGCAUCUGGCAAGGGGGGGACUGCUAACAUUUAG